AUGUUCUUUAUCUCACAAGAGGAUAAAGGGCUAGAGGCUGAAUUCUUUCCUCCUGGAAGUGAGGCCAAAAGACAAAUUUCAUUUGUUGCUCAAUCUUUACAAUUACCUCCAUCCGUUGACUGUUGCAUAUUGAUGUCUACCUUUACCAUUCUCACGCCGCAUUAUUCCAAAAAGUUUCUGCUUCCGCUUAGAGAGAUCAUUAGGGAAGAAGACCAAAAUGCUCAAGUCACCCUGUUGGGGUAUCUGAAACAACUUUGCCCAGUUGAGUGGGACAACUUUGUACGAGAUACAAAAAUAUUGCCCAAGGAGGCUAAUUUAUUCCCAUCUUAUGCAUUUAACACAAGUUCAAGCAAUGGAAAGGUCAAGAAGAAGAAGACAGAUGAUAUUCUGUUUUAUACCAUUGAUUUCAAACCUUUUGUUGAACGGUAUCCGGUCAAAAAUGUCAAGAUUGUACAACUCUACAGUGACAAUACAGACAAGUCAGAACGCAGAUUGGAGCCAGUGGCAAGGCAAAACAAGGAGAGAAUCAAGAACAUUGAGUUUUCACUGAGAGCUUCUCAUGAUCUUGUCAUUGCGUGUCUAGACAAAGACAAGCAAUGUAAAGAAGGAGGAGAGACUCAAAUUUACUCUGCGCUCAUCAACAAUCACUCGGAGAUCUUACCCAAUGGCCGAAGACUUCCCAAGACCAAAUUGAUCCAUGCCAAUCAGGAUAAUUAUCUCGAAGAACAUCUCAAGAUUUGUAACAUGCUUGGAGAAUCUGAAGAAUUCUAUAAUCACCGUACUCAUAGACUGGUGCAAAAGAAUUCAUCAAAAAACAUUGGUGUCUUUGGUGAUGGUCCAGCUGGAAAAGAACAAAUGCUUGGUACACUCGCUGCUGAAUCAAUAUUGUUCAUCAUUCAUCGGGGGAAAGUUACAUUAUGUACAUUCAGAUUUCUUUAA